AUGGAAACCAAUUUCGGGUUGGUCGCAGGCUCUCACAACAGCAAUGAAUUCAUUAUCAUACGUCAAGAUGGAGAUUUUGGGCAAAGAAGGUUGAAAGAGUUAGAGGGCAAAACAUGCCAACUAUGUGGAGAUGAUGUAGGGCUUAAUGCAGAAGGUGACCUCUUUGUGGCCUGCAACGAGUGUGCCUUUCCUGUUUGUAAAAGCUGUUAUGAGUAUGAACGCAGGGAGGGAAACCAGGUCUGUCCUCAAUGCAAAACAAGAUUCAAGCGUCUCAAAGGGUGUGCUAGAGUUGAGGGGGAUGAAGAAGAGGAUGAUGUUGAUGACUUGGACAACGAGUUCGAUUUUGAUGGACCAAAUAAACAACAUUUCAACACCUCCAUGUCUCAUCAGGAACAGGACGAAGAAACUUGUGAAGAACAUCGUGCUUUGGUUCCUUCAAGUUCAACCACAUUGAGCAUAGAGAUGGUUUCAUUGCAAGCAAGAUCCAUGGAUCCUUCCAAGGACCUAGCUGCUUAUGGCUAUGGUAGUGUUGCAUGGAAGGAAAGAAUGGAGAUAUGGAAGCAAAGACAAGUGGAACUUGGUAAUGAGAGAAAAGAAAACGACAAGGAAGAUCCAAACAACCUUGUAGAUGAUGACACUGAAUUCCUUAUAAUGGAUGAAGGAAGACAACCAUUAUCAAGAAAGUUGUCCGUUCCAUCUAGCCAAAUUAACCCUUACCGUAUGGUCAUAGUGAUCAGACUAGUUGUUCUUGGUUUCUUCUUCCAUUACCGAGUUAUGAACCCUGUGGAACAUGCCUAUGCUUUGUGGCUAGUGUCAAUAAUUUGUGAGAUUUGGUUCACUCUUUCAUGGAUUCUAGACCAGUUCCCAAAGUGGCUUCCUGUCAUGAGGGAAACUUACCUGGACAGGCUUUCCUUGAGGCAAGAAGGGAAACCUUCUCAACUUUCUCCAAUUGAUAUAUUUGUGAUCAGAAUGGAUCCACUAAAAGAGCCUCCUCUUGUGGCUGCGAACACAGUUCUUUCUAUUCUAUCCAUGGACUACCCUGCUGAAAAGGUGACAUGUUAUGUAUCUGAUGAUGGGGCAGCGAUGUUAACAUUUGAGGUUUUAUCUGAAACUUGUGAAUUUGCAAAGAAAUGGGUUCCUUUUUGUAAGAAGUUUAGCAUUGAGCCAAGAGCUCCUGAAUGGUACUUUGCUGAGAAGAUAAACUAUCUGAAUGACAAGGUGCAUCCAUCAUCUGUGAAAGAGAGAAGAGCAAUGAAGAGAGAAUAUGAAGAGUUUAGAGUUCGGAUUAACUCUCUAGUUGCGAAGUCUAGGAAGGUCCCAGAAGAAGGGUGGACAAUGCAAGAUGGAACACCAUGGCCGGGAAAUAAUGUUCGUGAUCACCCAGGAAUGAUACAGGUUUUUCUUGGAGAAACUGGGGGAUAUGACAUGGAUGGCAAGGAAUUACCACGCUUGGUAUAUGUUUCUAGAGAAAAGAGGCCAAAAUUCAAUGACCAAAAAAAAGCAGGAGCAUUGAAUGCAUUGGUUAGAGUGUCUGCAGUGCUUUCCAAUGCGCCGUUUGUGUUGAACUUGGACUAUGAUCAUUACAUCAACAAUAGCAAGGUUAUAAGAGAGGCAAUGUGUUUCAUGAUGGACCCAUUAUUAGGAAAAAGGGUCUCCUAUGUUCAGUUCUCACAGAGAUUUGAUGGUAUUGAUGGCGAUAAGCAAUAUGCCAAUCAAACAAAUGGAUUCUUUGAUAUUAACAUGAAAGGCUUGGAUGGUAUACAAGGCCCUACAUAUGUUGGAACAGGAUGCGUCUUUAGAAGGCAAGCACUUUAUGGUUUUGAUUCUCCAAGAAAAGAGAAGCCUCCAACCAAGACAUGCAAUUGUUGGCCAAAGUGGUGUUGUUGUAUGGGGAAGAAAAAGAAGAAGAAGAAGUUAAAGAAACCAAAGUUUGAGAUAAUGGAAAACGGUCAUAGUAAAGUACAUUCUGAAGCAGCUUUAGUUGAAGGCAUAGAAGAUGAAACUUCAGCGCAUAUUUCAAAUCCAAAGCUUGCCAAGAAAUUUGGACAAUCUCCUAUUUUCAUUGCAUCUACUCAACUGGUGGAUGGAGAGACACUUCAACAUGGAAACCUUGCUUCUAAACUUACAGAAGCAAUCCACGUCAUUAGUUGUGGUUAUGAAGAGAAAACAGAAUGGGGAAAAGAGGUUGGGUGGAUCUAUGGUUCAGUUACAGAAGAUAUAUUGACAGGUUUUAAAAUGCAUUGCCAUGGAUGGAGAUCAAUAUAUUGUAUUCCUCAAAGACCUGGAUUUAAAGUAUCUUCCCCAAGAUACCUUUCUAAUGGUUUGCAACAAGUCUUUCAAUGGGCCCUUGGAUCAAUGGAAAUAUUCAUGAGUAAACAUUGCCCUCUUUGGUAUGGAUAUGGAGGAGGACUAAAGUGGUUACAACGCAUUUCUUACAUAAAUUCCAUAUUAUAUCCAUGGACAUCAAUACCUUUGGUGGUAUAUUGCACCCUACCUGCUGUUUGCUUGCUCACAGGGAAAUUUAUCAUUCCUGAGCUCAGCAAUACAGCUGGCAUGUGGUUUGUGUCUCUUUUCUUUUGCAUGUUCACCACAAGUGUGUUAGAGAUGAAAUGGAGUGGUGUAACAGUUGAUGAAUUGUGGAGAAAUGAGCAAUUUUGGGUGAUUGGAGGGGUGUCAGCACAUUUUCUUGCAGUGUUCUUGGGGAUGUUUAAGGUCUUGGCAGGUGUAAAUACAAACUUCAUAGUGACAUCAAAAGCAGAUGAUGAGAAAGAGAGUUCUGACAUGUUUUCUUUGAAUUGGACUACUUUACUUAUCAUACCAACAACAUUGCUGAUACUGAACAUAAUUGCUGUGGUUGCUGGAGUCUCAAAUGCAAUAAACAAUGGCUUUGAGGCAUGGGGGUCUCUACUUGGUAAACUAGUGUUCUCUUUGUGGGUGAUUCUUCAUUUGUAUCCAUUCCUCAAAGGUAUGGUGGGUAGGCACAACAGGACUCCUACCAUUGUUAUUGUUUGGGCAAUCCUUCUUGCCACUUUCUUUUCUGUCUUGUGGGUGAAAAUUGAUCCAUUUUUACCCAAGUCAGAUGGGCCAAUUCUGGAGGAAUGUGGAUUGGAUUGCAAUUAG